AGUUCGUCAUACGUUACAACAUGGAUUCCACCGGCAAAGUUAUGAAGUGGGCGGAACUGAUUUUUGUGUUUUUGUCUCUAUUUUCGAUAAUUUCUACAAAAUAUCAGUUGAGUACGAUAGAAAUUCGUCCUGAUCCAAGCGGAGAACCGGCGAAAAUUUUUACAGACGAAGAAAUUAGCAAAUAUGAUGGUUCGGAUAAUUCUAAACCACUACUUAUGGCUGUUAGAGGGGUAGUAUUUGAUGUUUCUGAAGGGAAAGAUUUUUAUGGGAAAGGUGCUGGAUAUUCCAUUCUUGCUGCUAAAGAUGCCACUUAUGCAUUAGCAAAAUGGUCGUUAGAGAAGAAGGACAUGCAUCAUGACUUGAGUUCCCUCUCAGACCAUGAACUAGAAGGCCUUGAUAAAGUUUUCCUAGAAACCUACAUGAAGAAGUACCCGAUAGUUGGUUACAUGGACUACCUGAUUGAGGAACAUGGCAAAAAAGUAGAGGAAAGAUUUCAAGGAGAGCUAUGAUUUCAGCAAUUAGAACUCCCAGGAUCGACUAAUGCUCUGAAAAGGCCUUUAUGCCAUUUUCUAGUCAUAAUGUUUAUACUUACAUAUACUCUGAAAAAAAAUGAUUUAAAGAGAUUUUUGUUUGAAAUGGUUUUAGGUGCUUUUUUAAGGCUGUAUUGUGAAAUCAUAUCUGGUGGUGUAAGAAAUCUCAUAUAAAAAUUAGUUUUUCAGGCAUAAUUUUUAAAGAAAAUUAAAUAAUUAUAUAGAGAUACAAUUUUAAUAUUUACUUAGUUAUACAGUACCAAUGCUCUGUAAAUCUAUGGCUGCCAUACAUGUAUUCAAUUUAUUGUUCAUAUCAGAAUCAUAUACAUUCAAUUAAGUGCAAUUAAUUGUCUUGAUUUUUCUUUCACAUAUACCGGUAUUUACUCUAAUCAUGACAUUUAACUGACCAAGUACAUAUGCACAUUAUAUUUUUCAAGUUUUGUUACAAAGCAUUAUUGAUGCAAUAUAUUUAUAUUAUCAAAACUACAUGUAUAUUGAAAUUAACCAAACUUAAUUUGAUAUGAAAUGUUAAUCUUCACAUCUUUACGUAAUCUUUUUCAAAUAUGAUUUGUAUAGAUUUGUUUUAUACAAUCAAAGUUAUUUUUUUAUAUUCACCUGGAACAUAUACUAGUAAUGAUAUUAUGUAACUUUUGUCAUCAACGGAUGACUUGUCUUCCAGUUUCAUUUUUCAUAGAUUUUUUACAACUGAAUUGUAUUUUUAUGUAAGCAGAAUGGUUUGGCAGGAUAUAUGUUGUUUGGUGUAUUAUAUAGCUACCCAAAUGCAGUAAUAUAUUGUAAAUAUGUCUGUUUGUGUAUCAAAUACUCAAUCACUGUUUACUCUCACAUUAAACAGAACUAGAGUACAAAGAUAACUUCAUGUUAUCUGUUUUGAGGAUUCUAAUUCGAAAAAUAUAUACAUGUAUACACAAUUUACAUUACAUUAUGCAGUUAUGUAAAAUAUGCACUGAUGGUUGUGAUAAGAUUGGAUAUUUUCUUAUAUUGCUUGAUGUAUUCUUUAGUAUAUAUUUUACGCUAAAUUCAACUUUACAAAUAAUCGGAUGAUUCUACUUAUUAAAUUUGAUUCUUUACAUGAA